AUGGGGGAGGGAACGGGGAAAUGGGUGGCAGGUCUGAGAUCGGCAGCGCCGCCGCUGGUCGCCGCGUUGUCGACGGCGUUCGUUCUGGCCUCUGCGGAGAAGAGUCUACCGGAGCAGGAGCAGCAUCUCCUCACGAGGGUCGUCAACUUCCUCUGGCAGCCGAAUGAUUCCUCCUAUCACCACGUCUGGCCGGUAAAGCAGACCUCGCUGCCGCUCUUCUCCCUCGUCUUCUCCGGCGCCGGCGACUGCAACUCCUGUCUGUUUUUAUCUUCUCCAGGAUAUGGCGUUCGGGUGGCGGAUCGUCGUGGGCAGCCUCAUCGGGUUCUUCGGAGCGGCCUUCGGGAGCGUGGGUGGCGUCGGCGGCGGCGGGAUCUUCGUCCCCAUGCUCACCCUGAUCAUCGGAUUCGACGCGAAGUCCUCCACCGCCAUAUCCAAAUGUGCUGGCCUCACCGAGCUCUUCCUCUUCCUCCUCUCUCUCCUCUCGCAGAGAUGGAGACCCAUGCAUCUGCUCACCUUCCUUUUUCUUCGCAGGUAUGAUCAUGGGGGCGGCGGGAUCGACCGUCUACUACAAUCUGAAGCUGAGGCACCCAACGCUGGAGAUGCCGAUAAUCGACUACGACCUCGCACUCCUCUUCCAGCCAAUGCUCAUGCUGGGGAUCAGCAUCGGGGUGGCCUUCAACGUGGUCUUCGCGGAUUGGAUGGUCACCGUUCUUCUGAUCAUCCUCUUCCUCGGUAAACCCUAGAAUCAACCCCUCUUCCUCGGUCAUUUCGGCGUCAUCGUCCAUGUCGACAAUCUGCAUACGAAUACAACAAGGGAGAGGAUCUUCUUAUCUCCUCUGUGCAGGCACAUCCACCAAGGCGUUCUUGAAGGGCGUCGAGACCUGGAAGAAGGAGACGAUCGCCAAGAGGGUGAAGUGACCCUUACCUCCCAUCUUCUUCCUCUUCUUCGCCACGUCCGGUUGCUAUCUCCAGUGAAGUGUGCGGAGCUCUCACCUCUGUAAUCCCCCUCUGUGAUUUCAGGAAGCUGCCAAGCGCGCGGAAUCCAAGUGUAAGCCUCCAUUUCCUGCGGGUUAAAAUGAUGCAUUUAUACGGUGGAGAAUUCCUAUUCCCAUUCCUCACGAAGGUCCUCUCCACGGUGACUCGAUCAGCUGCGGCCAGCGACGAGGUGGAGUACAGGCCUCUGCCCAGCGGCCCGGAGAACGGCGCCAAGAAGCAGGCCAAGUCAGGGGAUGAAGCACAGGUCAGCAGUCACUCCAACUGUUCGUUCCACCUUCUGCUUCUUCUUCGAGAAAGACCUCUGAUCCCCCCCCUCCCCCCCGCACGCAGGUGCCCCUCUUGGAGAACAUCUACUGGAAGGAGCUGGGUCUCCUGGUCUUCGUCUGGUUCGCCUUCCUGGGGCUGCAGAUCGCCAAGGUGAGUCAAAAGCAGAGAAGAUUCCUCGUCAUCGAGUUCACCUACUCCCAAUAUAAUCUCUGAUCUCUCUGAUCUCGCAGAAUUACACGGAGAACUGCUCGGCGACCUACUGGACCUUGAACCUGCUCCAGGUGGGUCAUCGUCGUCUCCGCCGAAAAGGGAGGGUUGUGGGGACCGACUGUGACUCUCUUCCUCCAUUGGUGAUGACCAUCUUCCUCUCGCAGGUCCCUGUUUCUGUGGGAGUGACGCUGUACCAGAGCGUGGGGCUCUACACGGGGAAGAGGGUGAUCUCCUCCAAGGGGGACGUGAGCACCAACUGGACGGUCCUCCAGCUGCUCGGCUACUGCUCCUGCGGCGUCAUCGCCGGAAUCGUCGGUGGCCUGCUGGGGCUCGGAGGAGGGUUCAUUCUUGGUCCGCUCUUCCUCGAGCUGGGCAUCCCUCCGCAGGUGCGUACCUCUCGUUGCUGGUGGUGCCGCCGCCGCCGGCGGUGGCGGAGAUGUUUCUGACGGCGGUGUGGUGCAGGUCUCGAGCGCGACGGCUACAUUCGCCAUGACCUUCUCGUCCUCCAUGUCGGUCGUGGAGUACUAUCUCCUGCGGCGGUUCCCGGUCCCCUAUGGUGAGUGGAACACCCGUUUCUAGAGAGAGAGAGAGAGAGAGAGAGAGAGAGAGAGAGCUCCUCUGCAAGCCAUUUCUCUUCUCUGUGUGGGGUGCCGUUUUGACCGAAAUGGAAAUUCCUCGGCUUUGCAGCUCUGUACUUCGUGGCCGUAGCGACGGUGGCGGCUUUCGUCGGACAGCUUGUGGUGAGGAAGCUAAUUAUCUUCCUGGGCCGGGCCUCGCUCAUUAUCUUCAUCCUCUCCUUCACCAUCUUCGUCAGCGCUGUCUCUCUGGGUAAAGCCCAUGCCAAUCCUCUCCCUCUGUCUCUCUCUACACAUCCGGUGGGCUUCUGAGGACGAUGCUCCUCUCUCUACGUGGGUAAAAUGAUCUGCUGGAGUGGUUUUUCGACAUGUUUUACAGGUGGAGUGGGCAUCUCCAACAUGGUGAGGAAGAUCGAGAACCACGAGUACAUGGGCUUCGAGAAUCUCUGCAAAUAUCACACCUAG